AGUUUGAAUGGGGGCUUGGAAGGGCAAUUGAAGGCAAACUCAUAAGAACUAAACGAAGGAAUAAAAAAAAAACAUUUUACAUAAAGAAGAGAAAGUGGGAGGGAUGGAGAAAGUGACAAAAGGGAGGGAGGGAAUUAGACUCAGUCUCACUCCAGUUCCUUUCCUUCUGGUUCAUUCUCUCCAUCUCUCAGUGCUGAUGAGGAGCUGAUUUCAGCUGACAGGUCCAAGAUGUUGAGCCUCCUGCUAUGCGUGAGCCCCCCCCUCUCGCUCUUCUCCCCCCUCCUCCUCCUCCUCCUCUUCCUCCCCCCCAUGGUGCCGGCUGCCCCCCCCCAGGACCCCUCCCCCCGUGUGCGCCUGGCCGGCGAGGGGCGAAGGGGGCCCCACGAGGGCCGCGUGGAAGUGUACCACGAGGGAGCCUGGGGGACGGUGUGUGACGACGAGGUGGACCUGAGUCUGGCCAGCGUGGUGUGCAGGGAGCUGGGGUACACUCACAGCCUCACCUGGGCACACAGCGCCAGGUUCGGAGAAGGGCAAGGUCUGAUUUGGUUGGACAACGUUCGCUGCAUGGGGACCGAAGCCUCCAUCACUUCCUGUCGCUCUAACGGCUGGGGGGUGAACGACUGCUCGCACUCCGAGGACCUGGGGGUCAUCUGUAGCCAGAACCGACAACCAGGCUCCGCCCCCGCCGCCCCCCCGGCCCCCCCGGCCCCCGCUCCGGCAGCCAGCCAAUCAGAGCCGGCCUCUUCCCCGAGAGCGCGGGGUCACGAGAUCGUCCUCUUCCGGAACCCUCCCGGCGGCCCCAGAGGUCAAAGUUCACCGGCGCAGAGGCGAGGUCACGAGAUCCAGAUCCUUCGGCGGCAGCAGGGAGGGGUGGCGAGGGCGGGACAGGAGAGCAAUGCCACGCCCCAGGGGCACCAGAUUCCCCCCCGCCUCGCGAAUGGGGCGGCCUACAGGCAGGGGCAGGAGAUUGGCCGGGCCAUACCACCAGCAGCCAGGCAGGGGGAGGAAGUGGGCCGGGCCGAGACACAGGCCGUCAGGAGGGAGGCAGAGAGGGAGGCCGUGGGGAACCAUGUGGAGCCAGAGCCUGAGCCCAGACUGGACCAAUACCAGGGCUCGUCCAGGGUGCAUCUGGCAGACGUGCGUCUGCGGCCGGUCCUGUCCGGAAGACAUGGCGCCCUGCUGACCGAGGGCGUGCUGGAAGUGAAGCAUGCUGGGAGAUGGCGCCACGUGUGCGACCAGGGCUGGGAUCUGAGCGGGAGUCGCGUGGUCUGUGGCAUGCUGGGAUACCCCGCCGCCGAACCCCACGACCAGACUGCCUACAGGAAGCUGUGGGACGCCAAGCUGUUGGACCCCUCCUCCAGCCUGAGUGUAUCCUCCAGUAAGAAGGCGUACUGGGUGGAGAAGGUGCAGUGUGUGGGAGUGGAGGUGUCUCUGGAGCAGUGCCCCGCGCUGCUGUCCCUGCCCAGGAGCGAGGUGCCGUGUCUGGGGGGGAUGCACGCCGUGGUCCGCUGCGUCCCUGGAGCUCAGUUCACACGCCUGGCCUCUGGACGCCCCCCGCCUCCGCCCUCCGUGCAGCCGGUGGUGCGUCUGAAGGCAGGCCCUCGGCUGGGGGAGGGCCGUGUGGAGGUGCUGCGGGAGGGGAAGUGGGGCACGGUGUGUGACCACCUGUGGGACCUGGCUGCUGCCAGCGUGGUGUGCAGGGAGCUGGGCUACGGCUCAGCCAAGGAGGCCCUGAACAGAGCCCAGCUGGGCCAGGGUACGGGACCCAUCCACAUGAACAGUGUUCAGUGUUCGGGGCGGGAGCGCUCCAUCAUGGAGUGUGGCUUCCGGGAGGUUCCUCUCUACACCUGUAAACACACCCAGGACGUGGCCCUACGCUGCAACGUCCCCAACACAGGCCUGGAGGCCACGGUGCGUCUGGCGGGGGGCCGUGACCCCCAGGAGGGCCGUGUGGAGGUGCUGGUGGAGGCCGGGGGGGCCCAGCGCUGGGGGGCUGUGUGCAGUGAGAAUUGGGGCAUCAACGAGGCCAUGGUGGUGUGCAGACAGCUGGGAUAUGGCUUUGCCUCCAGGGCUCACCAGGAGACCUGGUACUGGCCAGGUUCCCCUGAAGCGGAGGAGGUGGUUCUGAGUGGAACCCACUGCAUUGGGACGGAGCUGUCUGUCCAGCGCUGCCGCAGGAACACCCAGCUGUACUGCCCCAGAGGAGGGCAGGGCCGGGCCGCGGGGGUCACCUGUGUGGACACGGCCCCUGACCUGGUCGUGGAUGCCCAGCUGGUCCAGGAGUCGGCCUACCUGGAGGACCGGCCGCUGCACCUGCUCACCUGCGCCCAUGAGGAGAACUGCCUGUCGUCGUCGGCCUCCAGGAUGACAUGGCCCUACGGCCACCGCCGCCUGCUGCGCUUCUCCUCACGCAUCAUGAACCUGGGCAGAGCAGACUUCAGACCCCGCGCCACCCGAGAGAGCUGGACCUGGCACGCCUGCCACCGGCACUACCACAGCAUAGAGGUGUUCACUCACUAUGACCUCUUGACCUUGAAUGGAACCAAGGUCGCAGAAGGUCACAAGGCCAGCUUCUGUCUAGAGGACACAUAUUGCCCUGAAGGUCUUCAGAAGCGUUACUCCUGCUACAACAUGGGAGAUCAGGGCAUCACCGUUGGUUGCUGGGAUACCUAUCGCCAUGACAUCGACUGCCAGUGGAUCGACAUCACUGACAUACGACCUGGGGAGUACAUCUUCCAGGUGGAGGUGAACCCCUCUCUGGACAUGGCUGAGUCCGACUUCCAGAACAACGUAAUGCGCUGUCGCUGCAAAUACGACGGAGGGAGGGUCUUCCUGUUCGGGUGCCACGCAGGUGAUGCCUACAGUCCGGAGGUGGAGGACCUGUUUGAGCACCAGGGUCAAAUCACCAACAACUUCCUCUAACCACCCAACAAUCAGAGCUCAGGGCGGAGCUUAGAAACCACGCAUCAUUGCCCCGCCUCGGCCAAUCGUGAGAGACGAACCCUGAAGAACAGGAAGAAGACGACGUCCAGAUGGAGGGAGGGAAGGAGGGAGGGGAGGGGAGGGAGAGAAGGAGUCAGGGAGGGAUGGGGUGUGUUAGUCAAAAGGGAAAAAGAUUGAAUAAGCAGUAUAAUGCCACUAUCCGCGACAGAGAGAGAGAGAGAGAGAGAGGGGGGGGGGGGGGGGCAGAGAGCGAUGGGGAGAGAGAGGAGAAAGAUGAACAGAGGAGGGAGAUGGAGGAGGGAGAGGAGUGAUGGAAAGUGAGACAGAGACAGAAGGAGACAGAGAUGUAUGAGGCGCUUGUACAGUGAGCAGACCUCAUGAACAUUCCUAACUAGGAACAAGUGGCAGGUGUCACAGCAGCAAGAAUUUAAAGCAGUCAAACUGAAAAAACGUCUUAAAAUUCACUCACACACAAACUCACACUCACAGGUGUGUGAUGAAUGGCAAUCUACGUAGUUUACCAACUAAUCAGGCUAUCAUCCACCAGCGCAGACACGCGUCACGCCAACUGUCACAGCGUCACAGUGAUGUGAUUUAAAAGUACUUCAGAUGUCUGGUAUCACAAUGUUAACAGGCUUCUCUCUGUGUGCGUCCAGUCCUUGCCUAUGGUGCUCAUGUCGUUCUGUGUCUUGGAUUGUUGAAUAAAUAUUGUAACGUAUUGCAAA